AUGGACCGAGUUCACGCACUCAACCCCUUCGCCAAGAAGGAGACGCACAGCGCCGGCUCAAUCACCACAUACAAGGUUCUGACCAUCUUGUCGUGGCUUUUGUCUGUCAUCGUCUCGUUUUACUAUGUUCUGUACACCCCUCAUGAUGGCUUUACCAUCCGCAAAAGCAUUUGGGACCAGAACCGUCUGUACCCCACGGCCUUCACCUUGAACUCCCUCAUUACCAGCAUCUACUGGUGA